GUUUCUGUCUCUCACCCUCUCUCUCACCCUCUCUCUCACCCUCUCUCUCUUUCACACGUCCUCGACAUAAAGGAGGCAGCCAAGAGACGACGAGCAGGAUGGAGGAGGAGGCUCCGUCCCGGCGCUCGGUGGCUGAACUUGCAGGAAGAUUCAAAGGCUCGUCUCGUCCACACGAUGCUGCCGGCAAUGAAACGCAGGAGAAGCCGGUCAGACGACGACCUCCUCGCUCCUUACAGCUCCCCAAAACCACCGGAGACGACCAGGAGCAGCCACCAGGUGUCACCUCACCUCUACCUGCCAAAGCCAAGAGGAACUCUGCUCUGAUCGAGAAGCUCCAGGCCAACCUCGCUCUGUCUCCCAUGACCCUGCUGCCCUCUCCAAAGAGCCCCGGCUUCAAGCUGCUGCCUCCCGCCUUCAUCCCGCCCUCCCCCAGCUCCGCCCCGGUUUUUGGGUUUUUUUCGUCCACGCCGCCGCCGCCCGCCAGCCCGCUCAACACCACCUCUCCAUGGACUGAGGAGGAAGGCCCCGCCUCCUUUGAAGCCCCUCCCACAGUGGAGGAGGGAUCCAUCCUGUCGAACACUAGCAUCAAGGGCCGAGCUCGCCACUCCAUCCGGCGACGCCCUCCGUCCCGCCGCCACAGGACAUCCAGCAGUGGAGACGAGGUCGGCGUCGCCAUCGAGGGAGAGGAAGCGACUGAAGCAGAGGACAAAUCAACAACAACAACAACAACAACAACAACAACAGGAGGUGAAACAGACGAGGGGAAAGAGGACAAAACGGACAAAUCUCACGAACAAGACGAGUCAGAGAUAAACGACGAGACCAGAGGAGACGAGGAGAAGAAGAAGGAAAGAUCAAAGGGAGAAGGAUCUUCAUCAGGAAGAAAGGAGGAAGAGGAGGAGAAGAACUCUGAAGAAAAACAGACAGAAGAUUCAACUGAAGGAAAGACAAACACAAAGAGUACAGACGAGGAAAAGAAAGAGGAGACGACGAGUCAGAGUCCGGCCCGAUGAGUCCCUGGGAGUCUGGGAGGGAAACCCUGCAGCAGCGAGGCCUGAAGGUCUGCACGUCGUGAAACGGAGUUUCACGACGUUAUGAAACUCCGUCACCGCGGUUUCUGAAGACGAAGCAAGAAGAAGUGACCGACUUCUGGAUUCACAAGUUUAUCUUUUUAAAGAAUCACUGAUUGACGUGAAUUUGUUUUUACUGAUCCUCGACUGAAAGCUUUUUUUACACGGCAGCGCCGGAUCUGUUCCUUUUUAUAUGUUUUCUUGAUAUUUUGCGCUUCCAGAGCUGUGACUGAAGAUGAUGAUGAAGACGUGUGCUUUUAGUGCCCGUUUAUUUUGAAUUGUUCAACAAAAUGUAAAGUUUCAAAAUAAGAUACACGCUUGUCUUGAAAUCCUUUUGUUCGCUCAGUUAAAGCCUUCAUUCCAAACAUUCAUAAACAACCAACCAUGGAAGUUCUGUCUUAUUUUAAACCUGGAUAAAGACACACAGCGGGUACGUUAACUCUGAAUUGUGGGCGUCACAUUGUGCCUUUAAGUUUGAAACUGAUAUUAAAAUGCAUAUUUUUGCUACA